UAUACAGCACAAUUAAUAUGCUAAUUCCGGAAUAAUAAUGAUAUUAAUAAGAGAAAAGCCACGGUAAUGUAAGUCGUGAGUUGUGAGACAUUGAAUUAGUUGGACACUACCGGGGGCUAAAAUAGGCAGUGCCAUGAUAUUAGUGAUGAAUUUCAAAUUAGUUCUAUUGCUAUGGUUAGUGAACUACUCAACGGCUCAAGAUGCGAAUUGUGACUUUUAUCAACAAGUAAAUGUGGGUACAGUCUACUAUGUGAACAGUCCAAACUACCCAGGAUCCUACACGCCUGGACAGCAAUGUAGGUGGAUAGCCACCUGUCCUCAAGGGUACAACUGUAGGCUCGAGUGUCCGGCCAUCGAAUUACCUCAGUCACCAUCAUGUUCGGUGGAUCGACUGCUGGUAUCACGCUCGGGAGACCCUCAGCUCAACGCAGCCGACACGUACUGCGGCAGAGGGUCACUCACCGCCAUCUCUACUGGCCAAACGAUCAGUAUUGGUCUGAUUACAAGCCGGUCAAGUUCAGGAGGUAGAUUCAGAUGCCAGUUGACUGCACAAGCAUCAAGUACUCCGAAUACUUGCAGCUGUGGCGUUCGGAGACAGAGGCAUCGCUUUUGGCGCUUUUCACCCCUCGCACACGCUUUAGCUAGCACAGAGAACGGGACGCUUGAAUUCUCGCCUUCACAAGUUGAAAAACUAGAAAAAAAAUCGAUGAUCAACGAACUUGAGAAAGCAAGAAAACAUAAACUCCGUAUAGUAGGAGGUAAUGAAACAGGCGUGAACGAGUACCCAAUGAUGGUUGCUAUCGCUGACAUGAGGAUCUCGGAGAUCAAGUGCGGCGGAGUCAUAAUAUCUGACAGAUAUGUCCUUUCUGCUGCACAUUGCAUCAACGGCCAGUUGGUUUCCAACUUCGCUUUAGUCGUGGGAGAGCACGAUGUCACAAUAGGCGACUCCCCAGCCACCAGAGCAUAUCGUAUAGAGCAGUUCCUCAUACAUCCUCAGUUUACGGAGUCUAACUACGAUUAUGACAUCGCCAUAUUGAGAUCAGCGAGUAGGAUCGAGUUCAGUGAAUAUGUCGGACCAGCGUGCUUACCCUUCAAGUUUAACACUGACUUCGCUGGACGAAGAGUCACUAUUCUGGGUUGGGGCACGAAAUUCUUCGGCGGGCCGAAGUCCAACGUGUUGCUGAAGGCAGACGUUGACGUCAUCAGCCAGAGCGCCUGCAGGAGUCAGAUCCAAGUGACAGACAGACAGAUGUGCACAUACACGCCCGGCAAAGACGCCUGCCAGGACGACUCCGGUGGUCCCGUCCUCUACACAGACCCAGCCACAGGUCUACUCUUCAACGUGGGCAUCAUCAGCUUCGGCAGUUCCUGUGCAUCAGGUCCAGGAGUCAACACCAGGGUCACAGCACUACUCAACUGGAUCUUAUCCAAUACACCAGAGGUCUCCUACUGUAGGAAAUGAUUGAAGGAACAACUGAUGUCAUGAGGCUCCUAAAAUUUAUAAAAGAACAUUCCACUUUUUUAUACAUAAUUUAUAUUAUCAUAUUUUGGGAAAAUUGUGCAAUUGUCAAGUUUGACCAAGCUUUGCUUUAAAACUUAGCAUACGUUGUAUGUUGACCCAAUAUUGAGAAUUUGCAGGACCAAUGACUGUCUAGAGACAAACAAGUAGACAGUAAAUACGUAACUAUGUAUAUAAAUAACUAUGUAAAUAAAAUAGUCCCAGCCUUUGAAUUGUUAUAAACGAGUGCAACUGAUCUUAGUCUAACUAGGACAGAACUUUCCCUUUACGUAAAUUGUGCCAAAGUUAGAAGUACAAAGUACAAACAAAUAUUGUCAGUUAUCCAAAUGUUGUUAUUUAUUAAAGAGUGGUGUAUUUUCAAUGUU